ACCGACCCUCUUACCUCCUCUUUUAGCCUCCCACUCCUCUAAUCUCCCCUCUCUCUCUCUCUAAAAAUAACCAAAAAAACAAGUUACUUACUUGGAGAGUAGUGGAAGGAGAGGAGGAGAUUGUCUAAUUUAUUCAGAUCAAGAUGCAGCAAAGCAACGGUCCUGAUCAAAACCCAUCUCCACAACACCAACCCCAUCAUCCCCAUCAACAACAGUGGGUCCCACACAUGCAGCAGCAGCAGCAACAGCAACAGCAGCAACAGCAACAGUGGAUGGCAGCUAUGCAGUAUCCAGCUGCUGCUAUGGUGAUGAUGCAGCAGCAGAUGAUGAUGUAUCCUCAACAACAACAUCACCAUUACAUGGCUUACUAUCAUCAACAACAACAGCAGUAUCAAAAACAGCAGCAGCAGUAUCAUCAAAAGCAGCAGAAACAACUACAACAACAGGGAUCUAAUGAGGAGGCUAAAACUGUAUGGGUUGGUGACUUGCUUCAUUGGAUGGACGAGACCUACUUGCAUAAUUGCUUCUCUCAUACUGGAGAGGUUUCUUCAGUAAAGAUUAUUCGCAAUAAGCAAACUGGUCAGCUGGAAGGGUAUGGAUUCGUUGAGUUUUAUUCACAUGCAGCAGCUGAGAAAGUCUUGCAGAGCUAUAGUGGCUCUAUGAUGCCAAAUACAGAUCAACCUUUUCGUCUCAACUGGGCAAGUUUUGCAGGUGAAAGGCGAGCUGAUGCUGGUUCUGAUCUGUCUAUAUUUGUCGGAGAUUUGGCUGCGGACGUGACUGAUGCAAUGUUACAGGAAACCUUUGCUACCAAAUAUGCAUCUGUCAAGGGAGCAAAGGUUGUCGCUGAUUCUAAUACUGGCCGUUCAAAAGGUUAUGGUUUUGUUAGGUUUGGGGAUGAAAAUGAGAAGACAAGGGCCAUAACUGAGAUGAAUGGUGCUUACUGCUCAAGUAGGCCUAUGCGGAUAGGUGUUGCCACCCCUAAAAAGCCAUCUGCAUAUCAACAGCAGUAUUCUUCACAAGCUUUAGUAUUAGCUGGUGGACAUGCAUCAAAUGGUACAAUGGCACAAGGAUCACAAUCUGAUGGGGACUCUAACAAUACAACUAUAUUUGUGGGAGGAAUUGACUCUGAUGUCACUGAUGAGGAUCUCAGGCAGCCGUUUUCCCAAUUCGGUGAAGUUGUUUCUGUGAAAAUGCCAACUGGAAAAGGAUGUGCAUUUGUACAAUUUGCUAAUAGAAAGAAUGCGGAGGAUGCACUGCAGAGUUUGAAUGGAACAACAAUUGGCAAGCAAACAGUUCGCCUUUCCUGGGGUCGCACUCCAGCAAACAAGCAGUGGAGAGGGGAUCAUGGUAAUCAAUGGCACGGGGCAUAUUUUGGAGGGCAAGGCUAUGCCGGGUAUGGAUAUGCUAUGCCACCAAAUCAGGACCCAGGCAUGUACGUUGCAGCUGCAGCUUCUGGGGCUUCUUAACUUGGGCACGAGGAUGGCGAACGGCUUGCAAUCUGAAUUAGCAGGACAGGCUUUAAAUAUAGUCAUCAAAAACCAUGAUUAAAGUAGGAUGGCUCUGGCCAUAUAUUUGUACUUCGUGAGAGUUUUGUAGCGUGAUUGAAUCUUUAUUUCAUGGACAUGUAUUAGGGUUUGUAACAAUAUUUACUAGAAUUUUGAAAUCUGCUUGAAAAGACUAGUUAAUGGGCGGGAUGUUAUUUAUUUGUUUAGACUUUCAAGUCUAGACAAACAAUGAUGACAAGGACAAAAUCAAGCUUUUGAAUA